AUGGAAGCUUCAUCUCAACAAGACAUCGAAAAUAGUACGCAAAAGGAAGAAUUUCCCAAGCCAAAAGGCUUCGGAAAACGGUAUAACCAGGUAAUUCUGCUUGCGGCCAGUUUCUUUUUAUGUUACGCCAUGCGAGUAGUAAUGAACGUAACAAUUGUGGCCAUGACAAGCGAAUCUGCUGACCCAAGAUACGAUUGGACCGCGAAAGAGGAAAAUUUUAUAUUGAGUACCUUUUUCAUGGGGUACGUAGUAACUCAAGUACCUGGAGGAAUGAUUGCUCGAAAAAGGUACGGUAAAAUAUUUUUUGGACUGUCUGUGGCCUUAUGCGGUGUCUGCACUAUGUUGAUUCCGUUUGCGGCAUCUCAAGGAGUGUGGUUGGUGUGCAUAUGUAGGAUUGUAUGUGGACUAUGCCAAGGAGUUGUGAUGCCUACGUUGCAUACCUUCCUUUCCCGUUGGGCUGCAGAAAAAGAAAGAUCAAUAUUCGCGCCUGGACCUUUUCCCUGGAAAUCCAUAGCAUCGUCUGGUCCAGUAUAUGCGCUUCUAGUAGCUCAAUGCUCUCAGACAUUUUGUUUUUGGAUGCUGGCAACCAAGAGUCCGGAAUACUUGGAUAAAAUAUUGAAAAUGGAUUUGACCACCAUCGGCACUCAUUCAGGCUUACCGUAUUUUACCGCGUUUACAUUUAGUUUGCUGGUGAUUUGGCUCAAUCACAUGCUUAUAAAAAAUGGAACUUUAACCACGAGGUCAUCACGUAUGCUGUGGAAUGGUUUUGGGAUGGUCGUGCCUGCACUUUGCAUAUUGGUUCUCGGCUAUACUAACUCUGAAAAUUCAGUUUUCGCGAUAAUUCUAUUAUACAUCGGAAUAACUACAAACAUAACCAUAUACAGUGGUCACCAUGCCAAUCAUUUGGAUCUUUCAUCGAAUCACGCUGGACUUCUCAUGGGCAAUUUGAAUACCAUCGCUAAUAUUGGUGCCGCCGCUGCACCCUUAGUACAUGGCGCCAUCGUUACAGAUGCCACUAACCCAGAUCAGUGGAAAACCCUUUUUUCCUUAACAGCGGCUAUUUGGUUAAUAGGAGCUGUAGUUUUCCAAGUGUUUGGAUCGACUGAAAGGCAGAUUUGGGACGAUCAAUCUGCGGCAGUGGAAAAUGAUUCAGAAGCUGCGAAUCCCCAAGUCGAUAUCGACCAGUGUCAAAGUCGCUUCGUGAGGCUCAGGCAAUACUACUCAAAAGAGAGAACAAAAAAAGCACAGGGAAUAGCAAUUAACAAGUAUGAAUAUUUAAGUUACCUGGAACCUUACAUGUAUACCAGAAGCUCCAAAAAACCAACUAAAGCUGCUAUCAAAUCAAAUUCUUCUGAUAAGGUAGAAGAUGAGAGGGUACUAAAGGAGAGGAUAGAAGAGUCUAUUGCAGAAUUGCCUCAAACUUACCAGACUUCCCAGAACAAUAACAACUUGUUGGACGUUUAUGAAACAGUUUUAAAUGUAUCAUCACCGCCUGUUCUAGAAGAAUAUUCAGAUACCGAACAAACUCAAUCUAACAAGUCAACUGAAGUUACUGAUAAGUCAAUUGAAUACAUACGUAAGGCAUGA